AUGGUUUUAGCAAUGGAGGGUAGAUUGGCACCAGAAAUUCCUGGGCUCAUUCAACCUGGGAAUGUCACACAAGAUCUGAAGAUGAUGGUCUGUAAACUACUAAAUUCUCCAAAACCUACAAAAACAUUUCCUGGUUCUCAACCAGUGUCAUUUCAACAUUCAGAUGUAGAAGAGAAGCUGCUUGCGCAAGAUUAUUACGUUUGUGAGAAAACAGAUGGUCUACGUGUAUUGAUGUUUAUAGUGAUAAAUCCAGUGACAGGAGAACAGGGAUGCUUCAUGAUAGAUAGAGAAAAUAACUAUUAUUUGGUUAACGGAUUUAGGUUUCCCAAGUUACCACAAAAAAAGAAAGAAGAGCUGUUGGAGACUUUACAAGAUGGCACUCUAUUAGAUGGUGAACUGGUUAUACAAACUAAUCCCAUGACAAAACUACAAGAGUUACGUUAUUUAAUGUUCGAUUGUCUUGCUAUUAAUGGUAGAUGUCUCACACAAUCGCCCACAAGUUCGAGGUUAGCACAUUUAGGAAAGGAAUUUUUUAAACCAUAUUUCGAUUUGAGAGCAGCAUUCCCUAAUCGCUGUACCACCUUUCCGUUCAAGAUUUCAAUGAAACAUAUGGAUUUUAGUUACCAGCUGGUGAAAGUUGCUAAAAGCUUAGACAAAUUGCCACAUCUUUCUGAUGGUCUUAUAUUUACUCCUGUGAAAGCACCUUACACAGCUGGCGGGAAAGAUUCGUUGUUGCUGAAGUGGAAGCCAGAACAAGAAAACACUGUAGAUUUCAAAUUGAUUUUGGAUAUUCCAAUGGUGGAAGACCCUUCUUUACCCAAAGAUGAUCGCAACAGGUGGUAUUACAAUUAUGAUGUUAAACCAGUCUUUAGUUUAUAUGUUUGGCAGGGUGGAGCAGAUGUCAAUUCACGUUUAAAGCAUUUUGACCAGCCUUUCGACAGGAAAGAAUUUGAAAUACUAGAACGAACAUAUAGAAAAUUUGCAGAACUAAGUGUUUCCGAUGAAGAAUGGCAAGACUUGAAAAAUUUAGAACAGCCACUGAAUGGUAGGAUAGUCGAGUGCGCUAAAAAUCAAGAGACAGGGGCGUGGGUGAUGUUAAGAUUCAGAGAUGAUAAAUUGAAUGGUAAUCAUACAUCGGUGGUUCAGAAAGUCUUGGAAAGUAUUAACGAUUCUGUUUCAUUAGAGGACCUCGAAGAGAUUGUCAGUGAUAUUAAGGGGCGCUGGGACGAGAGAAGGGCCAAUAUGGCAGGCAGCAGUGGAAGGUCCAUAAUGCAUCAAAGUCAAAAUACCACGUUGCCUUCCUCCCAGCCAGUUCAUACACAUGUUCCAACGAGCAAUAACGCACCAAAAUAUGUAGAUGAAGAUGAUUGGUCGGAUUAA